GGAAGACACGUUUUGUCGUCUGGUCUCCUAACCUUGGACGUCACAUUUGUCAGAUUCGUUUUGAAUGAACCUAUUCGGAUAUAAUUAUGAUCUAGUAGAAUAGGAUAAACGUUCGGAAGUCCGUUCGCUUUUUACUCCCCGCGAAUAAAACGGAUACCUCUCUCUGUGCUUCCUCGCUAUACUUUUUUUUUAUAAAUAUAUCGUAGUUGCGUCGAUAGCCGGUGCGAUAUAAUGCGAGUGCCGACCAGCGUUCUUUUCCUUGGCAUUUUUGUGAUCCUAACGACUUGCAUGAGCAACGUUCAAUGCGAGAAAGAAAAGGGCGAGGAGGAGCUCAAGUCCCAAAAAUUUCCGCCCUGCGCAGCGUGUAAAAUACUUAUUAAUAGUUUCAAAAAGGGUUUAGAAAAAACGAGCCGUGGAAAGUUUGAGGGUGGAGAUAGCGCUUGGGAGGAGGACAAGUUAGGCUCGUAUUCGAGAAGCGAAAUACGAUUGAUUGAAAUACAAGAGAACUUAUGUAAGGAUAUCGAACGCGGCGAGACACAGUGCCAAUCUUUAGCUGAAGAGUUGGAGAGUCAGAUAGAAGAAUGGUGGUUUAAGCAUCAAAGCACUCAUCCAGACAUAUACGAUUAUAUCUGUAUUGAAAAGACAGAGCAUUGUUGUCCGAAAGAUCAUUACGGACCGAAUUGCACGCAGUGUCCAGGGUAUCCAGAUAAAAUCUGCAGUAACAAUGGGAAGUGCAAAGGGGCUGGCACGAGGAAGGGAAAUGGUGGCUGUUUCUGUGACAAGGGAUAUAUUGGAGACAUCUGUUCAGAGUGUGCUCCAGGAUAUUACGAAUCUUACAAGGAUGAAAAAACCUUACUAUGUUCUGCAUGUCAUGCGGCAUGCGACGGACCUUGCAGAGGCGCUGGACCAAAGGAUUGUGAGAAAUGUGCUGCUGGAUGGCACAUGAUCGAUGACAAAGGCUGCUUUGAUAUCGAUGAAUGUUCAAGAAGCGAUAUUUGUCCUGGCAAUCAAUUCUGCGUUAAUAAAGAAGGAAGCUAUGCUUGUCUAGCUUGUGACAAAGCUUGUAAUGGUUGCACAGGCGAUGGGCCAGAUAUGUGUGUCAAAUGUGCUGAAGAUCAUCAUAAAAAGGAUAAUUUAUGCAUAAAUUCAGAUCUUCUUGGCCGCAAGAAACAAGAAAAUCUAGCGAGAUAUCUGACAUAUUUCGGACUCUGUGUAGCGACAUGUAUCAUUUUGCAGCGUAACGUUUAUGUAGCAAGCGUUAUCGGUUUGUUAGUUGCAAUAUAUAUAUCAGUCUCAGAGUACAUGAUUGCGCAUAGCAAUGUUCAAGAUACAACGGCAAAUAUGGAUAUUCUAGGACCAGCUUAAAUAGGAAUGCAAUUUAAAAAUUCUCUGUAAAGUCAUUUCAUUAUCAUGUUAUAUCAGAAUAAGAACAUUAUUCAUAUGUAAAAUAGGGCAUAUUAUAAUUCAUGUAAUUAAUUGCCAUUGUAAAUUGAAAAGAUGUUACAAUUUUCUUUAUUAAUAAUAUUUUUUCUUGCUAUAUUUUUGAAAAAAAUCUUUGAUAUAUGUUCAUGAUUUAUCUAUAUUUGUUUCUGAUAUCUAUAUGUUUGCUUUAUACAAUUAUGUUUUCUAUUUUUCAAAAAUAACCAGUUUUUUAAAUACUAUUUCUUGUACCAAAGUUACUGCUAGUUUUUUAUCCAGUAUAACUUUAUUAUUGCAUAUGUUACAUAAUUGUAAAUAUAUCUCAAUGUAGACAAGAAUUAAUAAGAAAAGGAGAUACAGUUUUACAGUUUUAAAAUAAGUACAUUACAAAUCACAAAAAGAACUACAACAUACAUAUUAUUUAGGCAUUUUUAUACUCAUUAAAAUAUUUAAACUUUUGCCGAUAUAUACUCGUAUCUACAUACCUGUAGUUUCUAAUAGCUAUAAUACAAUAGCAUCAAUUUCAACGAAGAAAAUGUUACAAUAUUGUCAAUAAUUAUUAUUAAAUGAAAAUUUUUAUUUCAUGUUUAUAUUUUUUAUUGGGUUUUAUUCAGUUAUUACAACAUCGAAUAUUAUGGAAUUUAAUUAUGUACACUACAUGUAAAAAUGUAGCAGAAUGUAAUAUAUCUUUAUAGAAUUUAUGUUAAUGUCGUUAAAACAUAUAAUAUUGUAUAUUAUGCAUUUGGUAUAUAAUCUAUUUGCUUAAUUUAUGUUAAUACAUUAGAUUUAUAUAUUGACAUAUAACUAACUGUUCAGUAUAGCAAAUAUACUACUUGAGUAAAAUUA